AUGAUAAAUGGAUCUACUCCAAAUAAUCAGGUUCAAAAUCCAUUAUCAUCUGUUUCGGCGCCAACCUCGGUGAAUCAGCCAAAUCAGCUGUCAUCAGAGCUUUACAUUAUAACUUUUGUUCAUAAUAUCGUUUUCGAUGACAAAGCCAAAGAAAAUGCACUUGUUAUUGAAAUCACAAACAAGAAUCUGUCUGCACCAAGAUAUGUUAGACUCUAUGGUCGAUGGAUUGAAUUAACACAUUUUUUUAUUGGAGCAAGUAUCAUAGUAAACGCAAAAUUUAAGAAAGGAAGCUUUACAAAUUUCUAUACUGAUGCUGACGAAGGCAUAAUUACAAACGAUUCCGGUUCAAUAAUUUUAUUUCCAUAUUAUAUUUGCGAUGUUGGAUUAAUUACGUCAGGAAUUCGAUGUCUCCGAAAAGGUUUUAUUCAUAACAAGCUGAAUUACGAUCAAACACUCAAAUCAAAUUUUUUAAAUACAAUAAUACGAAAAUGCUUAAUAGAAUAUAUCUCAACAAAUCCAAAAAGCAGUGCAUCGAAACUACAGCAGUCCAAAUUUACGCUUUCAAAGAUAGCAGACGAUUUAAUUACGAAAUAUCAAAGUGAAUUAUUUUUAUCAGGCGAAAACGAGACAACAGCAAAGAAAAAGAUAAUCUCACAACUUUACUUCAUAUACCAAGACUCAUCGCGGUCUCCAGACUUCUCAUUAAUUGGUUUAGGAAAUAAAAUUGUCGAAUCAAGCAGAAUGUUUCCGACUUUGAUCAAAGACAACGAAGGAUUUAAUCAGACACUUGUUUCCUACAAACUCGGCCUCAAAAGUAAGCUCCAUGCAAUUCUAGAAACAAUUAAUGACGAAAAACUGCCAAUUCGCAUUUAUUCAAGCAGUAUCAGCGAUACAAAUGUCAACGAAGAGCACAUAGCGUGUCUUGCAGGCGAUAUUAGCUUAUUACGAUCAAGAUAUCCCGAAGAUGUUGCAGAUGUCGGAUUUUUAUGGUAUUAUUCCACCAUUCCUGAUUCCAGGUACAUUGUACAGCCAAUGCGACAAGAAUCGUUGAAUUUAAUUGCAAGGAGAAACGAUAUUGUUUCAUUAAUUGCAGAUAACUCAAUUCCCGAGCGAAUUAUUACGAAAGAGUGCGAUACAUGCCUUGUAAAAGACUUCUGCAACGUUCUCAGCCGCAUGGAAUCCCAAUCCCCAUAUGAAGGAAUGAUUUCCCAAAGGACACAAAAAAAUUUUUAUGGAACAACUUUGGAAUCCGACUUUUUCUGGCAUCAUUACGACCAUAUCUCGACAAGCUCAUUAGGGGAGAUGGAAGCAUAUACGAGCAUCCUCACAAAUGACGUAGAAAACCGUGUGAAAAUGCUAAACUGCGCUCCGAAAAUGAAAAUUUUUUCGGUUCAUAGGGAUGUCGAUAAAAGUGCCACAAUUGUCACUUUUGAAAGUCCAACAUUUUCCUAUUUUUAUUCAUUGCAUUUGAGGAAACAUAAUUCUGCCAUAUUAACAGAUGUCGAAAACCCAGAUGUAAUUUUAGGAACCGGAAUUGUCCAAAAUUUUUCAAACACGAUGUUGAGUUUGAAACUCUACGACCACCACGUGAAAGAAGGGAUCCUUGUGAACAUAGACUUCUUCGAUUGGAAAGGUGAUCAUAGAACAAGGCUCUUAAACUUGUUUUCUUUGUUUAAGCCAAAUUCUCACUCAAAAAUCCGAAAUUUGAUUUUGGAAAAAAAUUUUUGUCCGAAAUUUAAGUCGAAUUCGAUAAAAUUCAAUGAAAAGAACCUGACGAAUAGCGAGAAAGAGGCUGUAGAUACUGCAUUAAGGGCUGAAGACCUUUGCAUGAUAAGUUGCCACCCUGAUUCCGGAUUUUUGAAAGUUGCAUUUCGAAUUCUCGAAAGUUUCGUGUCCCAAAAGAAGUUUAUACUUAUUGCAUGCAACUAUUACACUGAGAUAGACUCAUUCGCGAAUUUCCUGUCUAACUGCAACAUCAAAUUCGUGAUUUGUGGAAAAGCCGGCCAUAUUAACUCGAAAUUCCACAAAUUUGUGUAUGAAAACCUGAUUUCCAAGUGCCAAAACAUCGCAGAGAUCGAGAAAAUCCUUCAAAGCACCAAGGUUUUCAUCACACAGAUCCAGAAAAAGUUUGUAUUUAAUUAUUCAUUACAUUUCGAUGUAAUUUUGUCAAUUGACAUGUUUUCACAAGAUUUCUUCUUAAGUUAUCCAGUAAUGAGUGUCUGUGAUUGCAUGAUUCUCUUUGGAAACAAAGUUUUCGAAAAAGAAAAUUCAUGUUUCAAAAUUUUAUCCGAAAAACAUUCGAAUUUAGUGAUGAAUUUAACAGAGUUAUACAACACACAUCCGUUUAUUGCUAAUACAGCAAGAUCGUACUACGGAAUUGAGCUGAAUUCGUUGUAUCCUUCUGUUACUGUUUCUCUGAAUCCAUUAAAUGUUUUGGAGGAUCCUUUGCUCGGAUUAAUGAAGUUUGUGUUGACAAUGGAUAAUCCAAUCGUCGUAUUACAAUGCGAUGAUGUAUCCCAACUAGGUUUGAUAACAGCUGUUUGCGCUGGUUUAGUUUUUCAAUCAGUACAAUUGAAUUGUCCUUUCAAAUUGUCACCUUUUUACUUUACAUCUAUUCAAAAAAUGAUUCAUUUGUAUCAAAAUAUUUUUAGUAGGGAUAAUGAGUUUAUGAGAGAUGCUGCUGGCCGUGUAUCUGUUUUGAGUGUUUUGUUGUGCUACAAAGCAUUUGAUGUAGGUGUUUUCGUUGGUGGAGAAAAUCCGGAUUUGAUAAAAUCUGCUUUGUCUUAUUCAAUGAAAAAGAUUAUAUUCGUAAUAAAAGAGGGUAUGAUAAGCUCUAACCCAGCUUGGUACUCUUUGUGCUCAAGAUUGAACAAACAGUCGAUUUUCAAAAUCAAAUCCGAAUUUUUGAGAUUAGUUCAUCCGCCUUUUCCGAAUCUAAAUGACCAUUUCGGUUAUAUACCAGAAAUUAAUGGUUCUAAUGAUAUAGAAGAUAUACUAUCUUAA